AUGAAGAACGCUGUCCUCUGCUUUACCACUCUCUUCUUUAUGAGCCAAGUUCUACCAGUCCGGGGCAACCUCAAGGAAAUCUGUGAACAUCCUAAUGGUGCCUGCCAAUCAAAUUGCAUUGAAACAGAAGUCUAUGUUGGGAGAUGUUUAAAUAAUCGACCUUGCUGCCUGCCCAUGGGGCCUCAACCUAGAGGAACCACUAUCAUAGCCCCUGCCAUUGUCCGACCUCUCAGCCCUUCACCCUUUAUCUGA